AUUUUCAUGCAUGCAAUGUAGGAUCUCCAAUGUGACCAUGAAAGGCAAAUCUGUCCCUGCUAAUGCUGAUCCUGAUGUUGCAGGAACUCUAAAGCAACUAUUUCAUCAGAUCAGGGGAAUAUGUGGUGUGGUGAAGGAACUAUCCAAACAGAUCCAAUCCCUGACUUCUCUCCAAACAGGCCAGAGAUCUCUCGACACUCCUUCAGUGCAGGAUCGAGAGGCCCCCAUCCAGCCUCUCCCUCGCGCACCUCAGAUGGUACCCUCUUCCCAACCGCUCAAGACCAUACCCGAGUACAGGUUAUUUCUCGGAAAGCCAAUGAACUGAAGUGUUAAGGAGCUGAAGGCUGAAGAUACUCGUAUCACCAGAGGCAGAAGAUGAAGGCAGAUGCUGAGGGUAGGUUCAGUGGCAGCCUGUGAGCUUCCAAUUAAUGAUCCUCUUCUGCUGCACUGCUUUAUCUCGCCUGCAGUUGCACUGUCUGCUGUCUGGGGUCUGUUCAUGGUAAACCUAAACCUCUUUGGUAGAUUAUUAGCAUUGCCACUGAGAAAAUCCCUCAUCCCACAUAAGCCCUUUGUUUUACCUUCAGCAAGAGUUUUUCUCUUCCCUCCCUACUGGUGCCAUUUGCAUUCUCCCUUUGAAGCCCUUGGAAUCCCACUUGCCAUGUCGGACAAGAAGUUUUGCAUCGAGUAUGCAAAGCGAGGCACUGCUGGCUGCAAAAAGUGCAAGGAGAAGAUCGGAAAGGGACUAAUAAGGAUUGCAAAACUUGUCCCUAAUCCAUUCUCAGACUCGGGUGGUGAUAUGAAGCAGUGGUAUCACUCAGACUGCAUUUUUGAAACUUUUGCCCGAGCACGAGCGACUACGAAGGUCAUUGAAGAGCCAGAAGACCUGGAUGGCUGGGAUGAAAUUCAGCCAGAGGAUCGCAAGAAGCUGUUGGUGCUGAUUGCUAGUGUAGUGGACAGUCGCCAGUCGAAACCAUCGCCAUCCAAGAAAGUCAACAAGGCUAGUCAACAGUCAAAACCAUCACCAUCCAAGAAUGUCAAGCAGCAGCAGCUCGUUUCUGGUGCUGGGCCCUCGAAAGCUGGCCCUAGUUCUAACCAGACAAAGGAUGGUAGCGCCCCAACCUCUGCUGGUAACCGAGGCACUACUAAAUGCGAUACAUCUGAUCCCAGUCACAAAGACAACUCGUUCCGACAGUUUCGCCAGAUCUGCGCCAACGUUGCUGAUGAGGCAAGUUACAAAAGCAAGUCAGAGAUUAUCAACAAUUUCAUCACCAAUGGCACGGACGGCAGUGGCUUCCGUGGAAACCUUCUUCUAUGGACACGUUUGCUUCUUCCCGGCGUCGUGAAGAGGGUGUACAAUUUGCAGAGCAAACAGCUGGCGAAGUUGUUCAGUCAGAUAUUCGACGUCAGUCUUGAGGAGAUGAUUGAGGAUUUAGAGCAAGGGGAUGUCGCCGAAACAGUUCGGGUGUUCUUUGAACAGUCGAAAAGCGUUCUUCCGGCCAAAAAGUCCACUCUUUCGCUGCAGGACGUCGAUAAAUACCUUGACGAGCUGUCACAGCUUACGAAGGAGGAAGAACAGCAAAAUUUGCUGAAGAGGGUGGCAAAGAGAUGCACUGCAAACGACCUGAAGAUCUUUGUGCGCCUGAUCAAAGCAGACUUGCGGAUAAACGCUGGAGCGAAGCACAUCCUUGACGGCAUCCACCCGGACGCUUACGAGGCCUUCCAAGCGACCCGUGACCUACAGGAUGUGCUUGAGCGUGUGCAGGAGCAGCAGGCCUGCGGUCAGCCGGGCUCGCUCGACAUCGGCAUCUCAUUGAUGACGCCAGUGCUCCCAAUGCUGGCCGAACCCUGCAAAAGUGUUGAGUACGCCAUGAAAAAAUGUCCAAACGGUAUGCUUGCUGAGAUCAAGUACGACGGUGAACGUGUGCAACUUCACAAGCAAGGCGACACAUUUGCAUACUUCUCACGGUCCUUGAAGCCAGUUCUUGCUCACAAGGUGAAGCAGUUCAAGGAGUUUAUCCCGAAAGCCUUCCCACAUGGUGAGAACAUCAUCCUGGACGCGGAGGUAUUGCUGAUAGACACAAACACCGGAAAGCCACUGCCCUUCGGCACGCUUGGUGUACACAAGAAAUCUGCCUUCAAAGAUGCUAACGUCUGCUUGUUUGUGUUCGAUUGUCUCCACCUGAACGGCGAGAAUUUGAUGAAGAAAACGAUCUUGGAGCGUCGAAAAAUCCUUGAGAAGUACAUGACAGAGGUACCGAAUAGGGUCAUGUUCUCGGAACUGAAGCACAUCACAAAAGCACCAGACCUGUCGGAUAUGAUUGCAUCGGUCAUACGGCAGGGUCUAGAAGGCCUUGUCCUGAAGGACUUCGGUAGCAUCUACGAACCUGGAAAGCGCCAUUGGCUGAAAGUCAAGAAAGACUACCUGGGCGACGGACAGGCGGCCGACUCGGCUGACCUAGUGGUGCUUGGUGCCUGGUUCGGUACCGGCAACAAGGGCGGCAUGAUGUCUGUCUUUCUGAUGGGCUGCUUCGACGGCCGACGGUGGCGAACUGUCACAAAGGUGCACGGAGGCCACGACGACGCGACGCUCGACCGACUGCAGACGGAGCUCAAGAUGACCAAAAUCAGCAAGGACCCCAGCAAGGUGCCAAAGUGGCUGGAAUGCAGCAAGACGAUGAUCCCCGACUUUGUUGUGCAGGACCCGCAAAGCUCGCCCGUCUGGGAAGUGACUGGCGCCGAGUUCACAAAGAACAAUGUGCACACGGCACAUGGGAUAUCUAUCCGGUUCCCUCGCGUCACCAAGAUUCGUGACGACAAGAACUGGGAGACAGCCACCUCGCUGAAGGAGCUUCUCGUCUUGUAUGAAAACUCCAAGCAGGUGUUUGACGACGGGCAGUCAUCUUCGGCCCUGUCAUCUGCUCUCUCCUCGCCAAGCAAACAGUCAUCGGCACAGUCGUCACCCUCACGACAGACGACAACCAGCAGCAACGAAAGCUCACCCACCAAGCCAUCCGCGGCGGCAGAUCGGCCGACUCUGACCAAACGCUCGACACCGAACAGUGAAACAACGCCGUCCAAGCGACGCAAACUGAACGGUUCUUCGGACGGCGGUUCAGCUCCUGCGAAAACUGAGAGCGGCAGCGUAGUGGGCCUGCCGCCAGCCACGCUGCGCCCCGUGCUGGCCGUGCUAUCGCCCUCGCUGGAGGCGGACGACCGUCUGCGACGCUACAUCGUCGCGUACGACGGCGAGCUGCUACAGCCAGAGCAGCUGCAGCUGGCCACGCACUACGUGGCGGCGCCGGGUGAGCGCGUGCCGGGCCGCGUGCAGCGCAGCGCCGCCGCCGUCGUCACCGCCGACUGGGUGUGGGACGCCAUCAAGCUGGGCCGGCUGCCGCCCACCCGGCCCUACGCUCCAUAGAGGUGUCGGCUCUUAUUCGCGCUGCUUAACGCGAACAUUACCGGUCAAACGCGGUUAACUGGUGAUAUGCAAAUGGCCUGUGUUUGAAGUGGUUGUGAAUCGGACGCGCACCUGCUUUGAUGUUUGCAUUGCUUUCGUGAAUAUCACCAUCGACGCGCUCUGUUAGAACCAUGCCCAAGUGAGUGUUCGAAGGGCGAUAUUGUUAGGUUCUAGUCCAUUCUGGAGGUUGUCCUUGAUCUGGCAGCUGGUUUUUGUCGAGGCGUUGACCGUGCCAUAUGUUAGUCAUGGAUUCUGCACUUCAAGUGUCUGCUGUCACGAAAACACUUCUCUUUUUUACAUUCUUUUCUGGAUACCGUACUAUUCCACAUUGUACUGUGUGCGCUGGCGCUGUUUUGCGGUAUUUUGCCUUGCCUUGCGAUAUUGUCGAUAACGCAUAUAAAUUUUAUAUGAACACGGUACAUCAGAAACUGUUAAAAAUGUAGCCGUUGGGGAUUACUUUGGAACAUUUUGCCUUGGCUGAUGGGGAUGCGGAGGGAAAACGGAAUUCCAUUUCUAAAAUGAAAUAAAAAUGAUGUCUGUCCCUGCUUCGGCUGUCGUUUGCAUAUUCGUAGAAUUGAGUGAUCUUUUUGUCAUCUUAUGGGCGCAUAUGAUAGCGGUGCCAUGUUAUAGUACAUGUGACAUUUGCUUUCCUCUGGAUUCUUUGAAAAACCUCGUUCUCAUAGUGUUGUCGCUGCGUUGCAAUCUCAUUGUUCCUCGAGUGGUUGCGCUCAUGCGUUGUGAUAGGUGUUAACAGUUUUGUCGCUUUGUUUUGCACGGAUUUUCACUUGUAUGCCAAUAAAUGAAAUCAGCGCACUA